AUGACCGACCGAAGUGAGACCCCGGACUCGGACGACGACCGACCCGGGUCGCGCAACAGCUCCGGCCAACCGCCCGCCCGCAAACGGCAGCGAGUCCGCCUGAGCUGCCUCGAAUGCCGUCGCCGCAAGCUGUCGUGCGACCGGGGCUUCCCGUGCGAGCGCUGUAUCAAGAGCGGCACGCCCGACCGGUGCAGCUACGAGUCCCGCAACGGCGAGGUCGUAAACGCCUCGUCCGGCGUGCCUCCGCCCUUCGCCCAGCUGGACUCCCGCCGCUUCGGCGUCGACCCGGCCAUCGGCCUGUCUCCGCGGGACCCCGAGUAUGCGCGCCAGGAUCAUGAUCGCAUCCGCCGCCUCGAGCUGGAGAUUGCCCAGCUCAAGACCCAGCUGACCCGCCCUGGCGUCAACUUCGACGGGAGCACUGUCGCCGGCACCACCACCUCGCCCGUCACUCAGAAGGACGAUGCCAACCCAGGUGAGCCGGAUGCUUCGGUCCGUGAGGUCCACGAGUCCAUCGAGGCCACCAACAUGUCCGGGGAGAAGGGCGAGCUGCGCUUCUUCCGUGGACGCGGCUUCCGCACUCGCUACUUCGGCCCGCACAAUGCCAGCAUGGCCUUUGUCGAGUUGACUGGACUGUGCCCCUUUAUGAAGGAAACCGCCGACGAGUGGCUUCGCCCCGUCAUCCUUCAUGAUCGCAAGGACCGCAAGCGGCGUCAGUAUGACCGCGAGCAAAUCUUUGAGAAGCAAGAUGCCGACCUGGAAGCUCUUCUCCCAACCAGGGAAGAAGCCGAUGCUCUCGUCAAUGUCUACCUUGAACAGUUUGAGCAAGUCCACCGCAUCGUUCACAUCCCUACGUUCCGCAAGGAGUACGACCAGUAUUGGGACAAUCCCGGCACCCCCAAGCGCUACGCAGCCUUCACUGCUCUCAUCCUCUCCAUGUUGGCAGUGGCCAGCUGCGUCCACACCCACGACCAUCUGAAGUUCGUUGGCAUGAUGUCCAAUGCCCGCCACUGGGCUGAGAAGUGGAUCAAAGCCUGCGACAAGUGGUCCCAGAAACAGAGCCAGAAGCACCGCCGACUCAUCCAUUACCAAGUCGCAUGUAUGCUGUAUCUUGGCAAGCGUGUCAACACUAUCAAGAAGAAGCGAUUCUGGACCGGAUCCGGCGCCCUCAUCCAGGAUGGUAUCGCAGUUGGCCUACAUCGCGAGCCAAGUCACAUGGCCGCCAAGAUCACCGUCUUCCACCAGGAGAUGCGUCGGCGCAUCUGGGCAACUGUGCAAGAAUUCGACAUGCAGGCGUCGUUCGACCAUGGUCUGCCUACUCUUGUCAGCCAGCUUCACUACGACACCAAUGCGCCACGCAACCUCGAGGAUGAUGACUUUGAUGAAAGCACAACGGUCCUACCUCCAUCCAAGCCGGCCAAGGAAUAUACCUUCUCGUCGUUCCAAAACCUCGCAAGGCAGAGUUUGCUGUUGCGUUUGGAACUCAGUCGGCUUCUCACGGGCCCUUUGUCGGAAAUCGACUAUGAUCAAGUCAUCCGGUACACGAAUGACUUGACACAAGAAAUCGACUCUCUUCCUUCCUGGGAUACCAACGCCACUAAUACCAAGGGGAUGAAGAACCCGAUGAUUGCCUACACAUUGUUGCACGUCCAGCUCAGGCAGUACAUCAUUCCCCUCCACCAACCCUACCUCAAACUACGCAAGCAGAACUCCAAAUACCAAUACUCGGAGAUCAUCUACUAUAAUGCUGCUCGGGAUGUCGUCCUUCUUCACGACAAACUCUACGAUCAGGGCGUGCGUUCGCUGAAUUUCCUUCGAGAGGACGCGCUUACCACCGCCAUCAACCUCUGCAGCGUCACCAUGCUGCAGCCGAGAGGCUCGACCAACAUGAUCAUGAUCAACUCCCACCACACCCUCAAGCUGAUCGAGAAGUGUAUUUCAAUGAAGGAGGAUCGUCUCCUCCGAUGCGGCAACAAUGAGCCGUGGGGAUACUCCAUCAUGUGUGCCGCUCUCGGCCUACUCGAGGCCCAUCUGGGCACCAAGGAGCCCGAAGUCGCAAAGUCCACGUCGGCUGAGCGCUUCGUCAACCUUCACUACCGCCUUUUGGCGAACCAAGAACCACCAGUUGCCGGAGAGCAACAGGGGCCGGGAGCACCGAUCAACUCGGUGGGUGCGCCGGCGAUUGGGCCGACUCCUAAUAUACCCUUGCACGAUCGGCCAAAGGUAAUGAACCUCGAGUUCCAGGGCAGGGCGUUUCCUAAUAUUGGUAUCCAGUCUGUGCCGCCGUUCGCAUAUAACCCGGCGAUGCCCGCCGCUCCGAUCGAUCCCAACCAGGCCCCAUGGCUCAUGGCUGGAGGAGAUCAGACUCAGCCAUUUAACCUAGAUCCAAGCCUCGAGCUUCUCGGAUUGAAUCUGAAUGAGAUCUGGGGCGAGUCCUGGGAGCUUGGCUAA